AUGUUUCACCUGAAGUAUCCACAGAGUCGUGGAUUUUGUACUUGGAAUGAACUUGGGUGUCUCUCCAGGGCGGUAGGGUUUCCAGUUGGUUUGUUCAGAGAGCAUGUCAGCCAUGAGAUUCACACAGACGAAAAUGGAAUGCCUCUCCAGGAGGUGUACAAGAUGUUGGACUACAAGCUGCUAUAUGAUGCCCUCCACUUCACCCAGAACAUGCACACUGCUGAGUGGAAUAUGUGUGUCAUACGGCGCGCAGCCACAAUCCUGGACCAUCAUGCUCUCACGUACACUGACCUCUACAAUGUACGUCUGGGAUACGAGGCAUAUGAAGCCCCCGACAUGAAAGGGAUGGUAAUUGAUCAGCACAAGAUGAUGCGGGCACUGAAGAUGUGUAACUUGAUGAUUUCUCCACUGAAGUUGAUGCAUAGAAUCAAGCACAGUCGGGAUCGGUUUGAUGAACCUGGUCGUGUUCAGCUGUACGAAUUUAUAGACCUCGUGCUUUGGGCAGAAGUGUAUCAGAGUUAUGUUCCAGAGAAGGGCUAUGAGCUGUUUGAAAUGGAGAAUGAACUAUUCAAGAUCUGUGUAUGGGGUAUUGCGAUGAGUAUUAAGCCAAGGGGUCACUCGGCCCCAUGUGAAAGGGGCAGGGCAGGAAGCAGUGUGAACAAUGGCAGUGGGAGAUAUAUAGUCAAUACAUAUGAGCAGAAAAUUCCUACUGGUCUCUCUCUGGAUGUACCCAAACAUCAAUUGGUAGACUUUGAUAAGCUUCUUGCCCACCAUGAUGAGAAGCAAGCCAGUCGUCUGGAUGCUCGCUAUCUAAAAGAGGAAUGGGAGUUCCCAGACACCAAGGUCUCAAAGACGUCCAAGUUCAAGGACCUUACAGUGGUCAGUGGGGACUCCAGAGUGGAAGUUACUAGUCAUCAAAAAAAGACUUACAAAGGUUUACGGACGGAAGUCUCUAGAUCACAAAAGAUGGUUCACUGUAUAAAAGGCGGCUUCAUUAGAGAGCGUCCCGUCACUGCACCUGAUUUGAGGCGUUACGAUCUACAAGCACUGGAAGAGUACAAGCGCAAGCAGUCAGCACAAGCUCAGAAGGCCAUCUACAACCGCUUACACGACCUAAUACAAAUGGUGUAUGACAAGGAUAAAGGUGGGGAUGUCCAGCCGGUGGAUUUCUCUGACCGACCUGAGAUACUGGAGACCAAGCGAUGUCAGACAGCUGCAGUUGUCUCCCCUGAGGAGCUGGAUGAGGCUCGGAGGCACCUUGAAUGUCUGCUGUUUGAUAUAGAAACAGAGGUUGGUCGACACGAGAUCACGCGUGAUUCUGACAUGGAGUCAUUCAUUCCAAAAUACAAGGAGAAGAGGGAUAUGGAGGUAGAAAGGAAAUUCCAUGCCUGGCGCAAUACCCCAGCUACCCAGUAUCACCGACGUCAUCGCAAGGAUCCACGGGACAAUGUGAAUGACCUUGCAUACCCUGUACCCAGAAUACCUCCAUCUCAUGCCAAGAAAUGUGAUGCCAGAGAAAGUCAGCUAAGGCUACAGAGUUUGUUUAGAGGCUGGUAUGACAUUCGUUCUAAGAAGGGGUCACACUACAUUUUACUGUCUCCAUUUUUAGCUGAUUCUCCGAAAGGGCAGCUUUUAAAGAAAAUGACCAAAAUGUCCAAUGCUCAAAUACGAAAUGUACAUGGUAACAUUUUAUAUAGAAAAACUAAAGGACGGGAAGUAGACAGGCGACCAGUCACUGCACCGGCAGUUGUUUCUAUGAAAGACUACCAGUCUAGUAUAUCCAAGGGAAGUCAUCCUGAACAUGUAACGAUAGGGGAGGUAACUGAAGUAAUAAUGCCUAAAGAAAAUCAAGAAGAAUGUGAAGUUGAGGAGAAUGAAAGUACAAAAGAAAAACAUAUGACAGAAAAGGGUGAAGUAAGUCCUGAUUCAGGUAUUCAAACAAUGACUGAGUCAUGUGAAACCAUCGAUUCUUCAGUAAGUGAAAAACUAAAACUUCUGUUGUUAAUUAAUGAAAGUGCUAAUGAUUUAAGAGACAAAAAACCAAGAGCAACAUCAGCAUAUGUUCAUAGACAUGAAAAGAUGUUAAGUAAUCCAGACACUAUACAAGGAUUCCAUGCAGUAGAUGACAAGCCCAGGUCAAUAUCAGCCCCUGGUGACAGAAGCAUGGUCGAAGACAUAGCACCAAUCCCAUACAUGGAUCACAGUAAGGCAAGAACUGUAAAAGUGGGCAGCAUAGGGCAUAUUUCCUUGCUAGAAAAUAUCUCAGAGGCUCGCUUCUGGGAGGCUCUGGUGGAAGAGAAUGGAGACAUCACUAACAAUAGAACAAGUGGGACAGAUGAGAAACAAAUACAUACAGAGGGUGAAAAAUCAAGGGACAAUGAAAAGAUUGAGGAAUCACAGAGGUCCCCAAGUGGUAAGAAUUUAAGAAUAAAUGAAAAUGGAGCUACUAGUCCAAAUAAGAAAAGCAGAGCCAAGCAAUACCCUGAGGAUGUUAAUGGAAAUGGAAACUUAAACAUUCUUUUAGAGAUUGAAGAAAAAAAAAGGAUCAAGGAACUCAGAAACAUGAAGAAACAUUUUUUCCAUAAUCCGAAUUUGUAUUCAAAGACUCCAACAACCCUAAACCGCAGACAUACUGCCAAUGAAUCUACCUCUCAGUCUUCAGAAUUGAAGGACCGGUCCCAUCUGAAGCCUUCACACAGCUGUCCAUUUAAACAUUCAAAACAAACCCAGUCAAACAGAACACCAAAAUCUUCACAAGGAAAAUACGCUGGGCUUGUUAAACGCUUAGGAGAUGACAUGACGCCAUUCAUGAAAAAACUGAUGUUAAAAUCUUCAUAAGGAUUGUCUUGUAAAAAUACUUUUAAUAUUAUUGCAGAAGUACUAGUAUUAUGUUACUUUUGUAACUGACAUCUAAUAAAUCUACCGAAAUUUAUAAAUUGUUUGCUUGAACAGAACUAUAAAAAAUAUGAGGUCAUGGAGCUGUGAUAUUUAUUUUACUAAAUUACUUCUCAUGUAAUGCAGACUAUAGUUGCAGUGUCUCACUUGGCAUACCAUGAUUUUUGUAAUAGUUCAUGAAUAAAGGGCUAUAUGCUACUG